UUUUGAAAAAAAAAAUGCUGAAGUUUUGAAACAGCAAAUACAAAAAAACCAUGUUGAAACGAAAAUAGGGUGAAGUCGCAGCAGUCCUUUUUCAGUAUCGUCAAAGGUUCGUUACUGCUACCGUUUAAGGGUCGCCGGCUUACCGCCGUUGAAGGCUCGUUGUUGUCUACCACCAUGUCGAAGGUUCGGAGUACACUUCCUUUAGCGAUAUCACUCUGCCCUACGAAUUUUUUCCCUUUCUCUUUAAAGGGGAUAAAUAAAAUUGGAAAGUGCUGCUGUAUUCAUCUGGAUAAACCCAGUGGGGUAAUAAUUGAUUUUCUUUAUGAUUUUGUGGAUGCUUUAAUGGUUUAGGAAGAUUUGAUUUGAUUUGCUUUUUUUUGGAUAAGGGUAAGUUGUCUAACGCAUAGAGUUCUGAUUGAUAAAGAGAGAGGUUAAUGACAUAUAAGUAAGAACAUUGAGAUGAAAGUCUCUGUUCGGAUGUUGCCAAAUCAUAUAUUUUUUUUUUCAAUAGCAGGGUGUAACAGAAAGAUUUGGACUAGAUUGUAUAGUGGACUGAAUACAUUCCCACAUCUUGCUUCUUUUGUUCCUUUUAUUUCAAAGGUUCGACUCCAUUUUGUAAUUUAAAUUAAUUAGAAAUAAUAAACUUUUAUAUGAUGCUUCAAAUGAUGAUUGUAAUUCCAUAUAAAUCACUUAUUGUUACAUCCUCAUAGAGUUCAACUUCCUAUUAUAUUGCAUAUCCUUUGAAUUAAAUAAUUUUGAGCGUAAAAUUUAUGUUGUUUUCUUUGUAGAGAAAGUUUGAUUUGAAUACAUGUUAGCUUAUUUAUACUAUGUUUUACAGUAUUCACCGAGCAAUGUAUUGUAUUUGUAAUGACUAGUUAUUGAUUCUUGAUGAUACUCCUUAUAAGCUUGAUCUUAUAUAGUUUACUAAUCACUAAAUUUUUCUGUAUUGAAUUUUGUGGAAAGUUCUUCUGCUUGAUAUGGUUCUUGUAAGUCUGUUGUCGUCUACAGUAUGGAUAGUUCUUUAUAGGUUGUUUAAUGUACUUGAGAAAGUAAAAUGAGAUUGACGCGAUUUUUUUUUUAUGUUUAGGAUGAGUUUUUGAGUAUGUAAAGAAGUGAUGUUAUUCAGUGUUAGAUCUGUUUUAUCACUUCUGCUAUGCUUUUAAUUAUUUUGUGUCUUUCAUUGGCUUUGUUAAUGUUCUUUCUGAAGAAAUUGGUUUUCUGAUUUUGAAAUUUUUUCUGGAGUGUGUGAUUAUCGGAUUUUUAUAUUAGUGAAAUUCAUUUCAGAGAUGAUGAAUGGGAUGUCAACAAAUGGGCAUGGGAAGGGAUAUUGAAAGUCACUAGCAAGGGAGAAGAAUUGGUGGGAUGUUGUAUUGGAGUUUUUAGUUCAAUUCAGUUAAUCUAAACUAGAAAAUAGUUCAAUUCAGGGCAGUUACUCUGAACUAUUUUUUAGUUUAGGGUAGUUUUUUUAAACUAGUUUAUAGUUAACUAUAAACUUUUAUAGUGGAGUGCACUAUAAGACAGUUUGCUCACCCCUACCACCACCACAUGUUGUUCUUCUUUCCAUGUUCAUGUGGCUUCGUGUUUUCAACCUUGUCUUCAAAACCAUUGACAAACCCAACCUAAGACCCUUUUCACAGCCAUUUGCAUCCACUGCACUCGCUCACUCCACCCCACCCUCUUUCUCCGACACCACCUCUUCCACGCCCCUUUCACACCCAACCACCCCCCAAGUCCUUCAAACCCUCCAAUGUCUCCACCACCACCCCUCCCUUGCCCUCUCCUUCCUCAACCACCUCCACCACACCGGUUUCCUGCACACCCUCUCAACCUAUGCCGCCAUCACCAAAAUGUUCGCUUUUUGGAACCUGCCCAGAAAACUAGACUCCCUCUUUCUCCACCUCAUUACCCUCUCGAAACACCACCAUCUUUCCUUUCACCUCCUUCAACUCUUCGAAAUACUCUUCCAGGACUUUGACCACCAUAACCAUUACUUGCUUAGAGCUUUUGGUGGCUUUGUCAAAACCUGUGUCAGCCUCAACAUGUUUGAUGAGGCCAUUGAUUUCCUGUUCCAAACUCGGCGUCGCGGAAUUGUCCCUGAUGUUCUCACUUGCAACUUCCUCUUCAACAGGUUGGUGGAACAGGGCGAGGUCGAUAAAGCACUGGCUAUUUUUGAGCAACUCAAGAGGUUUGGUUUCAGACCCAAUUGUUAUUCCUAUGCAAUUGUCAUCAAGGCGUUGUGUAAAAAGGGUGACUUGAGGCAAGCUUUCUGUGUUUUUGAGGAAAUGGAGAGAGUCGGCAUCACCCCUCAUUCGUAUUGCUAUGCUGCUUACAUUGAAGGGUUUUGUAAUAAACAUAGGUCUGAUUUGGGGUAUGAGGUGCUGCAGGCAUUUAGAAAGAGUAAUGCCCCUUUGGAGGUUUAUGCAUACACUGCAGUUGUUCGUGGGUUUUGUAAUGAGAUGAAGUUGGAUGAGGCUCAGGUUGUGUUUGAUGACAUGGAGAGGCAAGGGUUGGUUCCUGAUGUGUUUGUUUAUUCUGCGUUGAUUCAAGGGUAUUGUAAGGGUCAUAAUCUGCUCAAGGCUUUGGCUUUGCAUGAUGAGAUGAUUUCGAGGGGUGUGAAGACAAAUUGUGUUAUUGUUAGUUACAUUCUGCAUUGUUUGGGAAAGAUGGGCAUGACUUUGGAGGUGGUGGAUCAGUUUAAGGAACUAAAGGAGUCCGGGAUGUUUCUUGAUGGGGUUGCCUACAACAUUGUUUUUGAUGCUUUGUUUAAGUUAGGGAAGGUGGAGGAUGCGAUAGAGAUGUCGGAAGACAUGAAGAGAAGGGGUGUGGCUUUAGAUCUUAAGCACUACACAACGUUUAUCAAGGGAUACUGUCUUCAGGGUGAUCUCGUUAGUGGGUAUAGGGUGUUUAAGGAAAUGAGUGAUGAGGGUUUCAAACCUGAUAUUAUAACAUAUAAUGUACUGGCAACUGGGCUGCUUAAAAAUGGUCGUGCUGGUGAGGCAUUAAAGCUUUUGGAUUGUUUGGAGAGUCAAGGCGUGAAGCCAAACUCUACUACACAUAAGUUAAUCAUUGAAAUUUUGUGUUCAGUGGGAAAGGUUUUGGAAGCCGAGGCGUAUUUUAACAGUCUAGAAGAUAAGAGUAUUGAAAUCUAUUCUGCCAUGGUUAAUGGCUAUUGUGAAGCGGACAUUGUAAAAAAAGCCUAUGAAAUUUUCCUUAAGCUGUCAAACCAAGGAGAUAUGGCUAACAAUGCCUCCUGUUCUAAGCUAAUUACUAAACUCUGUAUGGCAGGUGACAUUGAGAAAGCUAAGAUGUUACUGGAGAGAAUGUUGUUGUCAAAUGCUGAACCUAGCAUAAUAAUGUAUUCAAAAGUUAUAGCUUCACUGUGCCAGACCGGGGAUAUGAAGAAUGCCCGCUCUCUUUUUGAUUUUUUAGUAAAUAGAGGACUCACCCCUGAUGUUAUAAUUUACACAAUUAUGAUAAAUAGCUAUUGUAGGAUGAACUUCUUGCAAGAGGCCCAUGACCUCUUGCAGGAUAUGAAGAGGAGAGGAAUCAAACCUGAUGUCAUUACCUACACAGUUUUACUUGAUGGAAACUUUAAAGCAAAUUUAAGGUGUGUCUCUCGUCAUGGAGAAGGAAAUAAGACAUCAUUGAAAGUUUCUUCCAUCUUGAGAGAUAUGGAGCAAAUGGAAAUAAAUCCGGAUGUUGUUUGUUACACUGUGUUGAUUGAUGGACACAUGAAGACAGAGAACUUUCAAGAAGCAGUAAGCCUAUUUGAUAAAAUGAUUGACAGUGGACUAGAACCAGAUACUGUAACAUACACUGCUCUGGUCUCUGGCUUAUGUACGAGAGGGCACAUGGAAAAGGCCAUUAUACUGCUUAAUGAAAUGUAUUCCAAGGGAAUGACACCAGAUGCGUGUGUCAUCUCAGCUUUAAAACGUGGUAUUGUAAAAGCUAGAAGGGUGCAUUUUCAUUAGAAGUUUAUCAAUUAGACGGUUUGCACUUGGAUUUAUUCUGAUUUCUAAAGUUUAUCCAGUCAAAACCUAAAGGUUGAAAAGAGAAGGACUGUGCUGAAAUUGCAUAUUGGUUACCAGGUCAUUGCAG